UCUCGAUUUUAGCAGUAAUCAGGAAGUGCUAAACAAGAAGGAUAUAUAAAAAACAAACAAACAAACAAACAAACAAACAAAAUAUAUCGCAGAGAAGUGUGGUAACUGAAGCACAUGGUAGAGCAUGCAUAGUAGUAUGUGAAAGGCAAGGCAAAGUGCCAAGUUACUAUACCCUGGUGUACUUUUAUAAGGGUCUGACAGACUUGCGGGGAGGAUGGUUCACAUUGUCAGCAACUUUCUUCCCACGUGACAAGGCUACGAAGCAGACACACCCCCUCUCCACUCCCAGCGAGCAGCAAAACAACACCCAGAGAGGCACCUGGGAUACUCCGGACCUCCCCGCCUCCUCGGGCUUUAAACAAGGCAUACACCUGGCUCAGAGUCUUUUUUCUACAGAAAUAAACCGGGACAAGUUUGUGAACAAUACAUGGAACUGGCUACAGGCACAAGUAGAACAUCUUUAAGAACAUAAGAAAGUUUACGAACGAGAGCUGAUUGAUCUGAAUUCGUUGUCAAGUGGGGUCGCAUGUGAUUCAGCAUCAACAGGACUAGACUCCCAAGCCGCAGUGCUCCCUUCAGGCAGUCUUGGAGGACGCCCUCUCAGAGCUGGGAUUUGCAGAUUGCACCACCAUUGCAGAUUCAAGUACGAAAACUAGCGUUGGGAAACCUGCAGCACUGAAGAGAAAUGACAAGAUCUUUAUAAACAAAAGGAAGCUCCAAACGGACAUUGCAAUGGAUGAUGUAGCAACGUCCCCUGGAGACCUCGCAACUGCAGCCCCCCAAACCACCCCACCCCUACAAGGGAGAGUCGAUGAGCAGGGACGUUUCGAUGCAGUCUUUCAGGACCCAAGCCAGGGUGCUGGCCAGUACGAAGAGCUGCUAAAAGACAUUGUAGCCCAUCUAGAGGGGAUUAUAGGAGAACCUCCCCAGAUACCACUAGUGCCCAAAAACACAGACAGCAAGUUCCUUAUAUUGGAGAUGAUACUGAGAGAGCUACACAAUCAUUGUAAAAUUACAGCCGGAAAACUCAAGGAGAAGGAAGUGGAUAAGAGAAAUUUCGAACGUGUUUUAGCCUCUAUACUGGAGGAGCUUGAGGGAUGGAGUUCAGGAUCCAUAUAUUGUUUUAAAGGAGACCGUGAUGCUGGUAAUAAGACAGAGCCAACACACACAACUUUGUCUAAACCAAGUGACCAAGCAGAAUCGUCUGAAUCUACUGAAUCAAGUGACCAAGCAGAAUCAUCUGAAUCUACUAAACCAAGUGAUCAAGCAGAAUCACCUGAAUCUACUAAACCAAGUGACCAAGCAGAAUUGUCUGAAUCUACUAAACCAAGUGACCAAGCAGAAUUGUCUGAAUCUACUAAACCAAGUGACCAAGCAGAAUCGUCUGAAUCUAGUAAACCAAGUGACCAAGCAGAAUCCUCUGAAUCUACUAUAUCAAGUGGCAAAGACACAUCCAUUAGAACUAUUAAAUCAAAAGACAACACAUCCUCUGAAUCUGCUAAAUCAGAUGACCAAGUGUCAAGUAUCGAAGCAGCAUCUACUGAAGCUCCUGCACCAGAUGUUUCCUCAGGUUCUGAGGAGUCUGAGUCUUCAGAAACCACCCGUCUCUCACCAGAGCUUAUUAGUCUAGAGAAUUCAGAGACAGAGGCAAUCGACGACAUUAUAAAAGAUGAUGAGGAUACUGAAGAAGCGAGAACGGAAGAAGAGCCGGUGAGUAUCAAUGUACAGGCUGGCAUGAGAAAGACCCAGAUGUCCCUGCAGGAAGAAACCGCACAGAAAGUUGAUAUACCACCUCUCCUGCCCAACCAAGAGCCUGUGGAAACUACUGAAGAGAGUACCACUUCCCAAGUGACAGAGAGCACAGAGCCCUCAGUGACAGCACAGAUAUCAGCUAACAUCACCGGCUACCCGUUGCUUAGAGCUCAGCCAAAUAUGGAAGAAAUGGACAUUGAAGGUAUCCCAGUGCGCAUGGAGGAGGAGGAGGAGGGUGUGAAGUUGACAGCUCUUGAGUGGCUGGUGGAGAAUGUCUUCAUUGUCUUGGGUGUGGUGCUCCUCGUUUUCCUCUUGGUUCUGGGUGUCCUCAGCUUCUCCAUCUGCACCCUGACAGACAAGAAGGACUCAGCCUCACGCUUAUCUGAAAUCCUAGUCAUUAAAAAUGAAGGUGACGACAGGGUGGACAAAAAGUAUGUUAUGGGCCGCAUUGGGAAGCAGCGAAGAGCCUCCACGGCACUGGAACAGCUUGAGAAACAGGAUAGACCUCUAGCUCACCCCAGACCCAUUCCAGGGGGCCAGCUGCCCUCAGACAGGGCCUCCGCCUCCUCCACUAUCUACAGCGAGCCGAACUCCCGGGCUUCCUCCAGGCAAGUGGCCUCUGACGGCGAGCAGCAAUCGACUUCCAGGGUCUGGUUCACUGACACCGAUCUUCUCUCAAACGUGUCUCCCGAGAGCUGGGCGGCUGAAACUGACCUUCCCUCAAACGUGUCUCCCGAGAGCUGGGUGGCUGAAACUGACCUUCCCUCAAAUGUGCCUCCCGAGAGCGAGGUGACUGAAACCAACCUUCCCUCAAACAUGCCUCCCGAGAGCAGGGCAACUGAAACCAACCUUCCCUCAAACAUGCCUCCUGAGAGCGAGGCAACUGAAACCGACCUUCCCUCAAACGUGUCUCCCGAGAGCUGGGCGGCUGAAACUGACCUUCCCUCAAAUGUGCCAACCGAAAGCGGGGUGAUUGAAACCGACCUUCCCUCAGACAUGCCUCCUGAGAGCAAGGCAACUGAAACCGACCUUCCCUCAAACAUGCCUCCCGAGAGCGGGGUGACUGAAACCGACCUUCCCUCAGACAUGCCUCCCGAGAGCAGGGCAACUGAAACCGACCUUCCCUCAGACAUGCCUCCCGAGAGCGAGGCGACUGAAACCGACCUUCCCUCAGACAUGCCUCCCGAGAGCGAGGCGACUGAAACCGACCUUCCCUCAGACAUGCCUCCAGAGAGCGAGGCGACUGAAACCGACCUUCCCUCAGACAUGCCUCCCGAGAGCAGGGCGACUGAAACCGACCUUCCCUCAGACAUGCCUCCUGAGAGCGGGGCGACUGAAACCGACCUUCCCUCAGAAGUGCCUCCCGAGAGCGGGGCGAUUGAAACCGACCUUCCCUCAGACAUGCCUCCUGAGAGCGGGGUGACUGAAACCGACCUUCCCUCAGACAUGCCUCCCGAGAGCAGGGCGACUGAAACCGACCUUCCCUCAGACAUGCCUCCCGAGAGCGAGGCGACUGAAACCGAUCUUCCCUCAGACAUGCCUCCCGAGAGCGAGGCGACUGAAACUGACCUUCCCUCAGACAUGCCUCCCGAGAGCGAGGCGACUGAAACCGACCUUCCGUCAGACAUGCCUCCUGAGAGAGAGGCGACUGAAACCGACCUUCCCUCAGACAUGCCUCCUGAGAGCGGGGUGACUGAAACCGACCUUCCCUCAGACAUGCCUCCCGAGAGCGGGGCGACUGAAACUGACCUUCCCUCAGACAUGCCUCCCAAGAGCGAUGCGACUGAAACCGACCUUCCCUCAGACAUGCCUCCCGAGAGCGGGGUGACUGAAACCGACCUUCCCUCAGACAUGCCUCCCGAGAGCGGGGCGACUGAAACUGACCUUCCCUCAGACAUGCCUCCCGAGAGCGAGGCGACUGAAACCGACCUUCCCUCAGACAUGCCUCCCGAGAACUGAAACCAAUUAACUCUCAAGGGUCUCAUAGAUGAACUGUGUCACCGAACCUGCUCUCCCCUCCCCCCAUCUGAGGAGGAUGCCCACCAAUGUGAAUCACUGCCUCUGUCAGAAGCUUCUGUCCUCUGGAAUAACAUCUAUGUUUAAAUGAUAGUAAACUCCAACGCCGUAUUGAAAGAAUCUGUUUGCUAUCAUGCCAGCAAUAAAAUAUACAGAAAUAAAUAUGUCGUGCCUGGGAUUUCGUGUUGGUAUAAUGUGUCUGAGGUGAUGAGUGCACAGGACUAAAAGGAAACAUUAUUAUUAUUAUUAUUAUUAUUAUUAUUAUUAUUAAUUAGUCAUUUAGCAGACACUUAUGUAAAGCAACUAUGCAUCAACAACUUCUGCUGCAGAGUCACAUACAGUAGGUGCUUGGUUUUCCGUCUUAUCUGAAAGACGGAGCACAAGGAGGUUAAGAGACUUACUCA